AUGGUCAGACAACGAAAGGAUCUUUACGCUACACCUUUAAAAUUGCUGCUAUGUCGUCAUCACAUCAGUUUCUUUUUGUUUGCAGUACACAUUGUGAUCGGUCUUGUUCUCUCACAUGAAGAAAGCUUUACAAGUUCCUCGAGAAGAGUUUUCAAUAAAUAUUUUGUGUUUUCAAAAAUAGAAUUGAUGAAAGAUUAA